UGUCAUCAAUUUUGUAAUUUUGUAUUGAUUUCUGCAAUUUAGAUUCAGUUGGAUUAUUUCGGUCUUGCUAACUAGCGUUUAGUUUGUGGUAGAUACUUGGGUAUUUCUAUUAAGUGAAUGAGAUUUUAUCAGCCUUGUGGUUGUAUAUUUUAUUUCUUUUCUUUUUAUUUAACAUAUAAUGAUUGAAGGAAAAGCAAAUGAACUACCAGACUUUCAGGUCUUCCAGACAGUAAUAAAAUACUGCUUGUUUAUUAUUGUCGUUCCUGUUUUAUCUUUCUUCUCGGCAAAGACGAUACUCUUUGAUGGAAUAUUACGCUUAGAGCCGAUUACUAGUAGCGUUUAUUCAGCUGUGGUGGCUGUGAUUGUUUUACACGUUACAUUAGGUCUUUACAUAUACAGAGCCUAUACUGAAGCUGAAAAGCCAGAAAAACCUGUUAAAAAAGAUUAA